AUGAUUCAACGUCGUCUAGUCCGUCGACAAAGUUCACUCGCAGCAGCCAGGAGGAUCUUGGCGCAAGUCGACAGCGAGCCAGAUGUAGAAACCAAGAAGCCGACGUCUAGAUCACGCUCGGUAGCCACCAAAAAGUGUGCACCUGUAUCACCCCCGGCAUCCAAGGACGCGUCAGAAGAAGACUUCAACCCAACUCUUCAAGACGACGAAGGCGACGAAGUGAAGGACGUUAUUGAGCCGCCGCCAAAGAGGCGCAAGGUCGAGAAGAACCCCAAAGCUCGAAAAGCAGACACCGCAAAACUCCAUGCGCGCCUCUUUGGUCCACCCCAGCAGCAGCCGGCGACGCAGGAUGCCUGCUGCUCGCCCGCCGCAUCAAGGACGCAUGCCACCUCGUACCACCGCCCUCUCCUCCUAGAUGGCCAACCAGGCCGUCGCGGGCGCGAUGCUCUCCUCGGCUGGUUCGACUCCAUCAGCACAACCCGCGGUAUGCCCUGGCGCAAACCCUGGAUCGACCCUGCAAAGACUUCGCCAAAUGACGCCGCCGACCUCCGCAGCGCCCUCGAAAAGCGCGCCUACGAAGUCUGGAUCAGCGAAAUCAUGCUCCAGCAGACCCGCGUCGCCGUGGUGAUCGACUACUGGAACAGAUGGAUGGCCCGCUGGCCCACGAUCCACGACCUCGCGGCCGCCGAGCCCGAGGACGUGCUGAGCGCCUGGCGCGGGCUGGGCUACUAUAGCCGCGCCACGAGGAUCCACGAGGCCGCAAAGCUGGUCGUCGCGGACCCGGCCUGGCGGGGUUUGAUGCCCUCCGACACGGCCGAGCUCGAGGCCAAAGUCCCGGGCGUGGGUCGGUACACGGCCGGUGCCGUCGCUGCUAUUGUGUUUGGUGAGGCGGCGCCCAUGGUUGAUGGGAAUGUGCUUCGCGUGCUGAGCAGGCAGCUGGGACUGUAUGGGAAUGCCAAGACGGACAAGGCUGUCAUUGAUUUGCUCUGGGCAGCUGCAGAUGCGCUCGUCAAGGCGGUUGCGAAGGACGGACCUGACGAAGAUGGCACUGAGCUUGCUGAGAAGGCGCCGUUAAGUGACCGUCCUGGGCGAUGGGGGCAGGCCUUGAUGGAACUCGGAAGCACCGUCUGCACGCCGAAGCCAAACUGCGGCGAGUGUCCAGUCACCUCUACGUGCCGAGCGUAUGCAGAGGGCCUUCAACUAGCAGCCAAGAAGCCGAGGAAAGCGGUUGAAAAAGUCGAAGAUAUUGAGGACCUGUGCUCGAUUUGCGAACCUUUCGAAGAAGCCGCAGACGAGACGACGCUCUCUGAGGAAGAUUCUGAAGCUGAGUCGCCGAAGCGAAAGCCGGUAAAGGGGGCUAAGAAGGGCGUAAAGACACAACCAGGGCCAAAGCAGGCGACGCUAUCCGCUUUCUUCACCUCAAAAACGGCAAAAAAGAAGGAGGAAGAGGAGGAAGCGCAGCCCAAGGUUGCCCAAAUCGAUGCAAGAACACUAGAAUUCGUCGCGGAACACGCUCGAAAGUUCCCCCUCAAGGUGGUCAAGAAAGCAGUUAGAGAGGAAGAGGCCCUGGUCUGCGCAGUUCGGUGCAGCGACGACGGACGAUUCCUAAUACACAGGCGCCCGGAGAAGGGACUCCUUGCCGGGCUGUGGGAGUUACCCAGCCACACGCUGCCGUCUACUAGCGGCAACACCGCGACAUCGCGGAAGAAGGACGCUCAAGGAUAUGUAUCGGGACUCAUCAACGGUGUUGGAAACAAUAAGUGGAAGCUGAAACAUGCCGGGGAGCUGGGCAGUGUGCCGUGGUUGUUUUCUCACCUGAAGCUUACGAUGCAUGUGCAUCUCUUCGAGGUAGAUUGCUCUGAAGACCUCGUCUCGUCGCACGCGCGACAUCGAUGGGCUACGGUUGAAGAGAUUGAUGAGGAGUCUAUGGGGACUGGGAUGCGCAAGUCCUGGGCCUUGGUAAGGGAGAGGUACGAGUAG